CUCGACAGGCGUACUCCGUCGUCUUGAUCCCCGUUCACGAUAAGGCGAAGUUGUAAAAAGCAGGAGGGUCGUUGGUCGACCUCUAACGAUAAAUAUAAAUUAAAUCGCAUCGCGCUAUGACGAGCUUUUCAGCCCUCGCUGUUGCAAAUAACGAAAAACAGCUUGCCUCCACCAGACUAGAGAAACUUUCGGCAUUUCUGUACGACGGCAAGAAAGCGGAAUCCAGCUGGCGCUCCUGAGACUAUAAUAUUGCUCGUUAAAUUUUAGAGCCUCUGUUAUAUAAAGCUUAUUGCGGUUAAAACUGGAGGAGAGGUAACCGACCAACUCGGAUAAAGGCUCGCCUAGAUUUUUUUUUUACCUUUUUACCCUUUCGUCAACGAAUAUUCGCGCCUCGUUGCAUCAAUUGUGAAAUUUCCACGCGCCGUCCCAGUCGUACUAUAAAAUAGCCAGAUUCGCGGUAACGAAUAUUCGACCGUCUCGCUCAACCCCAUUUUACAAGUCAACUCUUGCACACCGUGUCCAAACUUUUAUCCUCUCACAUACGAGAGCGCCGAUAUCUAAUGGCAUCGUGUGAGCCGUUCUAAAAAGUGUGAAUUUUAAAUCGAGACUAGCUUUCGCCGUUCGCGCUCACGAAUUGAAUUAUUAAAUCGCUGGAAUCACUUGAAGAAUAAUUGCGGAGGGUUUUCCUGCGGAGAUAAGGUAAUCCAGACGGGACUCAAGAGGCACAACGCCGAGGUGUAAACACUUGCAGCUGAGAAAACAAAACUUCAUUUGAUAAAGAAAUUAAUCCAUAUCGGGUGACAUUUACAGUUGUGUAUGGCUGUGUAUCGAUUACAUAAAUUGAGUGACGAACUUUGGAGAAACGAUAUUACGAAAGGAUCGUAGAAACGAUUAAAGGAUACCGUGCAGUCCGAGACAAAUAGUUUCAAACGAUAUUCACUAAAUUUCUUUCUAAAAAUGUUGCAAACGUAAUCUCAACAAAAUGACCGAUGACGUCAACGCGACUGAAUCGGUUACACGGUUGUGCUCACUGGCGGCGAACGGAUCGAUGCAAGAAGAUCCACGAACCGCAUCCCUGAGGCGCAUCAGUUAUGGUAUCAUCCUACCAGCAAUUUGCUGUUUGGGGAUCAUCGGGAAUAUCCUCAACUUGGUGGUUCUCACGAGGAGAAACAUGCGAGGAACUGCCUACAUCUACAUGAGGGGAUAUUCCGCCGCUGCUCUGCUGGCCAUAGUAUUCUGCAUCCCAUUCGCUCUGAGGGUUCUGAUCCACAAGGAAAACGGUCGAUGGAGUAACUGGCAUCAAGCGUUCUACCACGUUCAUCUCGAACUGUUCUUGGGAAACGCAUGCCUCGGGGUUGGAGUUAUGAUGCUGUUGGCGUUGACGGUCGAAAGAUACGUGAGCGUUUGUCAUCCCGGGCAGCACACAAGGCCCCUCUGCGGUCCGCCUCAUCUGACGGUUGUUUUAAUACCGCUAGUCACAUUCGUCGUAUACCUGCCGAGUGUCUUCCGCGGGGAAAUAUUAAAGUGUCAGGUGGCACCUGCUGGUCCGCUGAUUUACCAAAAACGAGACAAUUUGCUCUUCCUCAAUCCCGUUUUUUAUCAGAUUUACAAGGUGGUUCUUGAGGUGGUAUUCAAAGUCGCCCCGACAAUUCUACUAGCUGGGCUCAAUCUUCGGAUCAUGAUAGUAUACAGAAAAUCGUGCGAGCGGCGUAGACGAAUGACGUUGUCCAGAACCGUCAGCAGCGACGAAGACCCGAGAACUUUCGCCGAGGAGAGACGGCUCGUCUUACUUUUGGGAAGCACAAGUAUACUUUUCCUCGUAUGCGUCACUCCCAUGGUUAUACUAAACGUAACGCUGAGUGAGAGCAACUUGAUCCUCUACCCUUACCAGGUUUUUCGAGCACUGGCCAAUCUCCUCGAGGUGAUAAAUUAUUCCAUCACCUUUUACAUCUACUGCCUGUUUUCCGAGGACUUUCGAAACACACUGAUACGAACUCUGCAAUGGCCUUGGGGCCCUGCGGGAAGACACGCACGGGGUGUCCCGAUGAAGCAUUCCCCCCUGCCAAGGCCCACGACCACAACGACGCCACCGACGACAGCGGUCGCAACCCCGGGUCACGUGGCACGGGCCAGUGUCUAAAGUUCUGAAACCUGAACACGUAAGAUUUAUCCUUUCACCGUAUUUCAUUUCUUUGGGCAUUAUGCAGUGGUCGUCGGAAUUUUUUUUCCCCUACCGGAGCAGAGGUACGUAUUCAGGUCUUUGGGCUGCCUGAAUAUAAAUUCUUCGGCUGACGUGUACUGAAGAAAAUUUUUCAAAAAAUUUUACUUGAACUACACGCAAUAGACGUUAGACUGAUUAAAAGUCGUGACCGAGUAAUGGCUAAUUGACGGAAAAUCGGAGUCGCAAUUUAAAUCUACUCAAAAUGACACUCGAAGUAGAGUUUGAAUCGAACAAAUAUAUACCUAAAUUAUGAGAGUGUUUAAAUGAAAAUUACAUGCAGCAAAGUACAGAUUUUAUCGCAAGUUAUUACAUUGCGCUGAUUACGGCAAAGAAAUUCCAUUGCCUCGGAUAUCAGACUGACUGACAUGAACAAUAUGUAAGUAUUCGUCUAAGUAAAGCUUUUAUGGCAAUGCAUGACGAAGGAAAAUGAAGCCACAUGGAAAGAAAAAAAAAAAGAAAAUAAAACUAGAGAAAUGCUUAUUUUGAAAGGUAUCUGUGAUCAUAUGUACGAUGUAGAUUUUUUAUUGAAAUUUUACCUAUAUUUAUGAACGAUACUUACAAUUAAUGAUUUUAGGUGAAAAACGUUAAUUUUCUAUUCACGCCGUAUACAAUAAUAUACAUAUAUAUAUAAUGUAUGUAUGCCAAUCAAAUACAUCUGUAUUGUAAACAUGAUACAGCGUACAGUCGUACGUAUCUUUAACACGUUUUUCCGUGCGCGAAACUCCGACAAGCAUCUGUAUACGUGAUACAUGUACCAAAAGUGUGCGAGCAUGUUAACAAAAUUUUAAAUAAAAGAAUGCUAAAUAACAAUUAACCCCACCUACUUCAUGUUUCGGAAAAAAAAGAACGAAUGAAAAUAAAAAGACGAAUAAAACGGUAUCAAAUUAACGAUCUCAUGAAGUUUCGUCGUACGCGAAUUACUAAUUAUUCAAUGGUUUCAAAUCUCCGUAUUGAAUUAUUACUGCCACAUGUUUUCACUUACGAUAAGCUAUCCGUAAAUUGUGACCUUUGUAUUUUAAUCUGGAUUAAUCGUACAAUUACCUGGAGUACCUAACUAUAAAACAAUACAUUGCUGUAUGAGGCAAACAAUUUUGCGACUUUCACACACAGCUGGAAAGCACAAAUAAACCGCGUUUGUCCUCCAUAUACCAAUUACCGAAAUCACCCGAAGUUUGUUUGAACGUCGUUUGAACAUGUAAAUGUGGCAACUGAUAAUCCGUGAUGAUUAAUUAUACUCUUAAUUAUACUCCAAGCUACACCCACAAACAACAAAUGACUCUGUAUGUAUAAUGUAAUUAGUUAUAGUAAGACGAUGCUUCUCCAAACUCAAAAAUAUGCUCGUAUUAAUAUGGAUAUUUAUUAUAUGUAACAUAUUCUUCGGCUGACAAUUAGUUCUUACUAAGUGUCGAAAAACAUCGUUGGAAACAGUGACUUGAUUUAUAUAAGCCUAUCGUUAUCAGUACGUGUAUCUAUACUGCUUUGUUACCGUUGGUACGUACCAUUGAGGCUACGGCAUUAUCAUUAUUUUCCGACUCCACCGCUGUUACUCAUCCCAUGCGACACACGCUAUUUUUUGCGACACCUGUGAAGGAAAGUUUAAUUUGAGAAGUAACGAAGGUGCCACUGAUUACGCGUAAAAUUGGGGUCAAGUAACUUACGCUCAACGACACAGUCCGUAAAAUUUAGUUACAUAUUCAAAAGUGCGCUUAAUUCAAAGAAAACCCGCCAGUGUGUAAAAUAUAGGAUUUCAAUUGUGCGCAUACGCCAACGUUAUUUUACCGCACUGUUCAGAAAUGGGAUAAUUUACACACCCUUCACAGACUUUGGAAAUCGAACUUUCAAAUCGAGGUGUUGUAAAAAAAAAAAAAUUUUCUCAAAUGCAAUACGUAUUCUCGACUAAA